ACGGCUUUGCUUGGCGGCGCCGAAUGACCGCGUCAGCGUUGCUCGUCACCGACGCCGCCGGUGCGAACUCGCGAACUCGAGGUGUCGAUUUUCUCCCUGCCAUUAUUCUGGCAUCCGAGAGCAACGCCCAGCGAAUUAUUUGCAUCUGUGUACGAGCACACGUCGCAACCCUGCGCGGAAUCCCGACGAGCGACUACGAUUAUCGGACGAUUUUGUCCGUGAGAGUUUUCAGAAACGCUGGCCUUUGUUCUGUCGGAGUGGCGUCUGGUAUCUCUGAAAAAUAUUACAUGAUUUAAGUAGAGUGCGGAUAUUUAGUGACAUCAAGAUGGCUUGGCGUUUCAAAGCUUCUAAAUACAAAAAUGCAGCACCGAUUGUUCCCAAGCCAGAAGCUUGCAUACGGGAUAUCUCCGUGGGAUCAUAUCAGACCUAUGGGAAUAACAUAACGGCAUCUGCGGCAUUCAUGGCAUUCAAUGUCGACCAUAAUGGAUCCAGUUUAGCAGUGUUACCGCUGGAGGACUGCGGUAGAAAGAGCAAGACCAUGCCACUGCUUCAUGCUCACGCAGACACCGUGACGGAUAUGGAGUUCUCCCCGUUUCACGAUGGCUUGCUUGCAACCGGAUCUCAGGAUUGUCUUGUAAAAUUAUGGCACAUUCCGGAGAGCGGCUUGGAAGAAUCCCUGUGCAACCCAGAAUGCACGUUCUCGCAUCGCCAACGGAGAGUGGAAACGGUGUGCUGGCAUCCCUCCGCUGAACACCUUUUGACCACCACGUCGUUUACCAAUUUAUCACUCUGGGAUGUUCUCUCUCAGCAAGAGCUAUUCUCUAACAGCGACCACACAGAAGUAAUUCAGUCCGCAAGCUGGAAGCAGGACGGCACGGUUUUAGCAACCUCCUGCAAGGAUAAACAACUGAGGAUCAUAGAUCCACGCGUAUCAUCGUGUGUCGUUAACUCAUGCUCGAGUCAUCAGAGUAUCAAAGAUUCCAGAUUGGUUUGGCUGAAUAACAGCGACAGAAUACUCACCACGGGAUUCGACGCGGCGAGACUUCGUCAGGUUUAUAUCAGGGACUUGAGGCACUUGAACGACCCCGUGAAAACACUGGAGUUAGAUUGCAGCACUGGCAUCUUGAUGCCGCUUUUCGAUCCUGACACGAAUAUGCUUUUCCUUGCUGGGAAAGGAGACACCACUAUCAUGUACAUGGAAGUCACGGACAAAGAUCCUCACCUAGUGGAAGGUAUCCGUCACAGUGGUGAGCAGACUAAAGGAGUUUGCCUGGUGCCCAAGCGAGCAUUAAACGUAAUGCAGGCCGAAGUUAACAGACUGCUGCAACUCACUUCCAAUAUGGUGAUUCCAAUCAUGUAUCAAGUACCACGAAAGACGUAUAGAGAUUUUCAUGCAGACAUUUAUCCGGAGACGACUGGUUGCAUUGCUCAAAAUAACGCGGCAGCGUGGAUUAAAGGCCACAAUGCAGCUGUACCAAAGAUAUCGCUAGAUCCCGCGAAAAGGAACAAGGGCGAGGAACCAAUUACUGUACACAAAGGGAACUUAGCGGCCCUCAAAGACAAUCAGCGCGAAAUUAAAGUGGAACAAACGAAUCGACAACCGAAGUCCUUGGUCAUUACCACGCCGAAAGGAUUUUCGAAAGUGCAAAACAACGCGAUCGAAAACGACAAUGUCGUAGACAACGAUACCGAGAAGAUCGAAGACGCGAAAAAACCUGAGGCGGAAGAAGAGAAGACUAAGAUACAAAAUGGGGGGCAACCCAUCCCACCGAAACCUUUACCAAGAGCGUCAAGAACGAACAGUAUCUCCGAGGAGGAACCGAAACCAGUGGCGCGUCCUCGCACAUCGCCAAAUCCUGGAUCAGUAGUUACAUCAGUGAAUCCUAACGCGAUCGGCGGAUACAAGCCCCGACUCGGUCCUAAACCAUUCCAAGCGAAGUCCAGUAGCCAGGAGUUUUCGUUCGACAAAGUCUUUUCCGUACCGGUUGCGCCGAAUAGCGACAACACUACCAACGGCUAUCAGAACGAGGUUAAUAAUGCUGUGGAACAUAACACGGAAGCGGACAAGUCGCCCACUUUUGCGCCUAACGAGCGCGCAAAGGACGCGGAAAAUGGCAAGAGUGACUCCAGCUCCAUUGAGGAGGACGCUAAUUCGAGCGAUUCUGGAUACAAGCCGAAGACACCGAGCACUGCGGAGAGGCGCAAAGUGUUCGAGACAAAAGUGAAGGAUGAAUCGCCGGAGAACGAAGAUGUUGGAAAUUUCGAGCGCGGCUCAAACAGGAACUCGAUUGCCGAGAGACGUCGCCUUUACGAGAGUCGAUCCGUGUCGGUGACCGAUGGGAAUUUGGCAGAGAAGGCGAUGGGUUCGCCGACCAUGCUGAGGCGAAGGGACUCCUUCAAGGCGAAAAGCGAGGUUAUUAAAGAAGAUGAAACAAAGAAGAGCAUUCCCAUGUUGCGGCAGCAGAGUAUGGAUCCCAAAUUGGAAAAGGUCGAGCCCGUUGCAACGCCUGCUUCUAAAAGAACAUCCACAGUGUUUGGAAAAGUAUCCAAGUUUCGGCACUUGAAGGGCACUCCGGGACACAAAUCUACGCACAUUGAGAACAUACGCAAUAUCAGUCGUCAAGUAUCCGGCGAGUGUGACGGCUUCCACGCUAAUCCCGAUCGAGUAGCUGUACCUUUGAGCGGCCCAGGCGGAAAGAUAGCGGUAUUGGAAUUGAAGAAAACUGGCAGACUACCGGAUGGCGUUAUGCCGGCAUUGGUUCACGGUGCGAUCGUGAUGGACUUCCAGUGGGAUCCGUUCGAUAAUCAACGAUUAGCAGUUGCUUGUGACGAUGGUAUGAUUCGAUUGUGGGAAAUACCGGAAUCCGGCCUGGCGGAACCGACGAAUGAACCGAAGCACAUUAUAGAAGCUCACUCUGACAAGAUUUAUUUGAUCAAAUUUCAUCCACUGGCGUCUAACGUUCUCGCGUCCGCUUCGUACGAUAUGACCGUCAAGAUUUGGGACCUGUCGCUCUUAUCGUCUACGGAGACGGCGAUCGCGAAGAUCACGUUGACUGGUCACACCGAUCAAAUAUUCAGCUUGGCAUGGUCACCGUGUGGCCAGUACCUCGCCAGCACGUGUAAGGACGGCAAACUACGGAUUUACAAGCCUCGAUCUGGCGACGUUCCCGUGAAAGAGGGGAAAGGUCCUGUCGGCACGAGGGGUGCGAGAGUUGUAUGGGCGCUUGAAGGCAGAUAUCUCGUCGUAAUGGGCUUUGAUAAAGUUUCCGAAAGGCAGAUUUAUGUAUUUAAAGUGGAUAAUCUAAAUACACCUUUGAACACCGUUGGAUUGGACGUUUCGCCUGCCAUACUGAUGCCAUAUUAUGACGAAGAUAGUUCUACGCUCUUCUUAACUGGACGUGGUGAUUCUACGAUAUACGCGUUUGAAGUAACCGAGGAAGCUCCGUAUUGCUGUCCAUUGAGCCACCAUAGAUGCAGUAGUUUGCACCAAGGCUUGUCAUUCCUUCCAAAAAAUAAGUGUGAUGUGGCCAGUGUGGAAUUUGCCUCUGCCUUGAGACUAACAAACAAUACAAUAGAACCUUUAAGCUUCACUGUGCCGCGCAUAAAGAGUGAAUUAUUCCAAGACGAUCUCUUCCCUCCAACGAAAGUUAUCUGGAAACCAACUUUAUCUGCGGCAGAAUGGUUUAACGGUGGCAAUAAACAGCCAUCUAGAAUAAGCCUUAAGCCACCUGGAAUGGACAAUUUAUCCGAGAAUCAGUCGCAAAGUGCAGUUAAUACUCCUCAAGUAGUCGCAAAUAAGCCAUCAUCAACACCUUUCAACCUUUCUACACAACCUUUCAGAUUAGGGUGGAAUCCGGAUGUCAGAGCGAAACAAGAAGAGAUCCAGAAAACAAUGAGCAAUUUUGUGGGAGACGUUAUUCAGUGUUCAUUGGAACAAGAUCACAUGGAAGGUGUCGAGGAACACGAAUGGGAUGAGUGAAAACUCGAGACCUGUGUGGAUAGAUGCAACCUGAUAAGGUAAAAAUUUAAAUGUAGUUGUUCGAGCCGUAAAUUAUUUAUAAGUUAGAAUUAUAUAUCGAAUGAUAUAAAAAUAUCGCAGUGUUACUGUGUACAGAUCGAAAAGCAGUUGUAUCUGAGAUAUACUUCCAAUAAUUUUUUUCGGAAGCAAGCGAUAAAUGCAAUGUUUUAUAUCAAUUUACAACAAGUAUAAUAUUAAUUUUUUGGUAUAUCUAACUUAGGAUUUUGUAAACGCAUUUUUCAAUGUAUAGAGAUAAGAAUCCAGGCCUUGCUAAAUCACAUUAAUUUAAACUAAAAAAAAAAGAGUAGGAAACGAAGUAAAUUUCAAUAGAAAUUUUUACUCUGACAAUGUAAUUCAAUGCAGUAUUUAAUAAAGUGCAGUCGGUAGUGCAGUGCUGAUAUAACACUGUUCUUAUACAACCAAAAACGUGAUUGUAGCUCUAGUCUCGAAUGAGUUUUUUAAACUGCUGAUUCCUUACACAUUUCUAGCUACAAAUAAUUCUAUACAUAUAUUAUCAUUGUAGAGAUUACAUUAGACAUAGAAUAUGCUUAAUUAUUGUCAAGAGAAUUGAGAAACUUGUAAUACGAUUUGACAAUAGUUUUAUCUAUCUACUUAAUGAGUAUCAGUUCGCAAGUUCAGUGGAUGAGUAAUUCUUAGAGCAAGUAUGAUGCUAGUAUAUUAUAUUAAUUACGCUUUCCAGUAUCGAGUGUGAACGAUAUCAAAUGUGUCAGAGACAAUUAUUGACGAGUAUUUUUAUUAUUCGCUAUAAAUCGAGUGUGUAUUAGAAUGAACAAUUUUCUACAGAAAUGGGAAGAAAAUUUGAAACUUGUGCCAUUUUGUAAGGCGACUGAAAUAACAUCCGAUCUGUCGUCACGAGAAAAAAAAGAACAGUAUUACAUUAAAUACUUUUUUAGACCUUUAAAUAAUUAUAAUUAUAUUUAACACUCGCACUAAAAAGUCGACAUUCCUUAUUUAUACCGUAUACUGCCACCAGUGCCAGAGUUUUUUUGCGUUUUGGCAAUGCCAAGUGUCAAUAAUGGUCUCAAUGUAUAUGUCAUAAUAAUCUAUCAUCGUAUAUGUGUGUGAUAAUAGAGCAAGAGAGUGACAGUCGUCGCAGAUUUGUGAAACGGAAGUUUUUUACGAUAUUUCGUAUCCCUAUACGCACAUAUAAAAUACGUUAUACCCGAGGGAUAAUCGUUAGAUACAACGCGUAAUAAGUAUUAAGUCGUAAGCCAAUAAUUUAAUUGUAUUGCGAAGUAUAUUACGUCUCUCGAUCGAUGUAUGUUGCACACUCUGCAAGAUUCAAACGAUAGUAAAACUCAGAAAACAAUGGCUUGAUCCUUUUUUUGAUCAAGUUAAUCUCUUUUGUACUCUACGUACAUUAAAACACUGGAUAUCAGUGAUUAAUAACCAGUGAUUCUUUCAUAUGAAUGUUCAGAUCUAAAUCUGUUACCUUUUUUUUGUAUAUGUUAGAGUUAUAUAUACAAACGUUUGAUAAUAUUAUAUCCAAAAACAGUUAUGAAAUGCCAACAUCAUCAGUUUCCUGUACGAAAAAUUGAAUGACUGACUUUUUACACUUUACACAUCGGCACACCAGUAUAUUUCAAGAUCAUCAGUAUAGUGCCAAAAAUCCAUCAUCGGUGGUAUUUCUUGCAAGUUUUAGACCUGUAAGACAUUCUAAAGCAUUCGAAAGUAUUAACGAAUCUUCUAAUAUAUACAACAAUGAUAAUAAAAUAAAAUUUUAUUAGAA